GUAGUCUCGCAGAAGCCUGGACGGCUCUUUUCCUGCACUGGUGAGUGUUUAACGCGCGCGAGAGAGGAGAGACAUGACAAGAGCUCAGCGAACCUGGCCAGUCAAACAUGGAGCUGUUUAAAACAAUAUCGUUGUUACUUUGGAUAUUUUUGCUGAAUAGACAACAGGACUGCUACGCCGAAGAAGUUGUGCUGCUGAACUCAAAAGAGUCUCAGGCAGAGCUGGGCUGGACUUCACACCCUGCCAAUGGAUGGGAGGAGAUCAGCGGGGUGGAUGAGAAGUACAAGCCCAUCCGGACGUACCAGGUGUGCAACGUGAUGGAGCCCAGCCAGAACAACUGGCUGCAGACGGGCUGGAUCGGGAGGCAGACGGGGCAGCGCAUCUUCAUCGAGCUGCAGUUCACGCUGCGCGACUGCAACAGCAUCCCGGGCGUGGCCGGCACCUGCAAGGAGACCUUCAACCUGCUGUACGCCGAGUCGGACUGGGACCUGCGCCGCGUGGCGCGCGAGGACCGCUACACCAAGAUCGACACCAUCGCCGCCGACGAGAGCUUCACGCAGGGCGACCUGGGCGAGCGCAAGAUGAAGCUCAACACCGAGGUGCGGGAGAUCGGCCACCUCAACCGCAAGGGCUUCCACCUGGCCUUCCAGGACGUGGGCGCCUGCGUGGCGCUGGUGUCCGUGCGCGUGUACUACAAGCGCUGCCUGUCCACCGUGCAGAACCUGGCCGUCUUCCCCGACACGGUGGCCGAGGCCGCCUUCGCCACGCUGGUGGAGGUGCGCGGGGCCUGCGUCAACAACUCGGAGGUGGACGCCGACAGCCCUCCCAGGAUGCACUGCAGCGCCGAGGGGGAGUGGCUGGUGCCCAUCGGGAAGUGCAGCUGCAGCGCCGGGUUCGAGGAGGGCCACAGCAGCUGUGAAGCCUGCCCUGCUGGCUCCUACAAGAUGUCUUCAAGGCAGCAGGAGUGUUUCCCCUGCCCCGCCCACAGCACGGCAGAAGAUGAGGGGUCAGUGCAGUGCGUGUGUGACCAGGACCACUUCCGAACCCCGCUGGACAGCCCCUCGGCCCCCUGCACCCGUCCCCCUUCUCCGCCCAGGGACCUGGUGUACACCCUAAAACAGUCCACCCUGAUCCUGGAGUGGGCCCCCCCAGCGGACACGGGGGGCCGGGGUGACCUGUCGUACAGCGUGGGGUGCAGCCGGUGCGUGGGGCCCCCCCGGGCCCCCCAGCGGCAGUGCGAGCCGUGCGGGGCCAGCCUGGGCUUCGUGCCCCAGCAGAGCGGCCUGACGGAGCGCACCGUCACCGUGGUCAACCUGCUGCCCCACUCCAACUACACCUUCACCGUGGAGGCCCUCAACGGCGUGUCCGAGCUGCUGCCCGCCAAGAGCUUCUACAGCCAGGUCAACGUGUCCACCGCCGUGCGCGGCCCGUCCCUGGUGGGUGCUCUGCGGGCGGAGAAGAUUGAGCAGCGCAGCGUGACUCUGGCCUGGACAGAGCCCCGCCACCCCAACAGCAGCCGCACGCAGUAUGAGAUCAAGUACUACGAGAAGGAGCAGAAGGACCAGAGCUACUCCACCGUGAAGACCGCCUCCACCCGCGUCAGCGUCAACAACCUCAAGCCUGGCACCACAUACGUCUUCCUCAUCCGCCAGUCCUCUUCCUCCCCCUCCUCCUCCUCCUCCUCCUCCUCCUCCACCUCGUCCUCCUCCUCCUCCUCGCUGUCCUCCUCCCCUCUGUCGUCAUCCUCCUCCUCCUCCUCUGCGUCCUCUCCCUCCUCCUCCUCCUCCUCGUCUUCCUCUCCACUGGACUACGGAGCCUACAGCCCCCCGCUGGAGCUGCAGACGCUUGGCGAGUUGGCGCUGGCGUCCAGCGAGCAGGGCCCGGUGGUGAUCAUCGUGGUGGUGUCGGUGGCUGCUCUCAUCAUGCUGCUCUCCAUGGGCGUGGGCCUGCUGAUCUGGAGGAGCUGCAGCGCUGUCCGGUCCCCGCUCCCCCAGCACCGCUCCCGCUCCUACUCCACCGCCCGCAUUCUCCACCCUCCGCCACCUCAGCGCCGCCUAUCGUACUGGUGUAAGAUGUGUAAUUUGGCUGGCUGCUGGUUAACACGGCGGCUUUUCUGGUUCCCAGUUAAGAUCCCGACGAGGAGGACAUACAUUGACCCGGAGACGUGUGAGGACCUGGUCCAGGCCGUCCAUGUGUUCGCCAAAGAGCUCGACGACUCCAGCGUCAAGAUCGACAGGAUCAUCCAUACUGGUGAAUUUGGGGAAGUGUGCCGCGGGUGUCUGAAGCUCCCCAGCAAGCGGGAGUUGCCGGUGGCGAUAAAGACGCUUCGCGCGGGCUGCUCUGAGAAGCAGAGGCGGUCCUUCCUGAGCGAGGCAGGAAUCCUGGGACAGUUCGACCACUCCAACAUCAUCCGCCUGGAGGGCGUCAUCACCAGAGGAAACACCAUGAUGAUCGUGGUGGAGUGCAUGUCCAAUGGGGUCCUGGACUCUUUCCUCAGAAAGCACGAGGGCCAGCUCAGCGUGCUGCAGCUGGUGGACAUGCUGAGCGCCGUGGCCGCGGGGAUGAAGUACCUGACGGAGAUGGGCUUCGUUCACCGCAGGCUGGCCGCUCACAAGGUGCUGGUCAACAGCAGCCUGGUCUGCAAGGUGUCGGGCUUCCGCCCCCUGCUGGACGACAAGGUGGAGGCCGUCUACACCACGCUGCACGGGGGGAAGAGUGCGGUGCUGUGGACGGCUCCAGAGGCCAUUCAGUACCACCGCUACAGCUCGGCGUCUGACGUGUGGAGUUUUGGGAUCGUCAUGUGGGAGGUGAUGUCCUUCGGAGAGAGGCCCUACUGGGACAUGGGGAACCAGGACGUGAUCAAGGCGAUUGAGGACGGGUUCCGUCUGCCCGCCCCCAUUAACUGCCCCGCCCCCCUGCACCAGCUGAUGCUGGACUGCUGGCAGAAGGAGCGCAACGAGAGGCCCAAGUUCAGCCAGAUCCACAGCGCCCUCAGCAAGAGCGUUCGGACCCCCGACUCCAUCGGCUCCUCCACUCUGUCGCGCAGGACGCUCGGCUCCUCCAUCCCCCUGGCGGAGCGCUCCUUCCCCUCCUUCCCCUCCUUCAGCUCUGUGGGCGAGUGGCUGGAGGCCGUGGACAUGGGCCGCUACAAGGACAACUUCACCGCCGCGGGCUACUGCUACCUGGAGUCCGUCGCCCGCAUGACCGUCCAGGAUGUUAUGAGCCUGGGGAUCACCUCUCUUGAGCACCAGAAGCAGAUCCUGGCAGCUAUUCAGACGCUGAGGGCGCAGGUGAUCCAGAUGCACGGCCGUGGGGUGCAGGUGUAGCAGACGGACCCACAGACUCUGGGAAACAGAUGGACGGACGGACGGCCGGCUGCUGGGAGGAGACUGACAGAGAGUCCCUCAAACCCCCCUCACAGAUGUGAGGGAGAGUAGCACCCCUCCCACAGUACCCCUUGCUCUUCCUACCCUUCCUCCUCCUCCUCGGGGAUGUGUCCUUGGUGCUGCUGAGGCUCUGCUCCAGCUGUAUGGGGAGCACAGACCCUCCAGAACCCAUUGACCCUGACCGCUGUGUGACCGGAUCUGUGCCCUGCUCUGUCCUACCACAGCAGCUGAGAUGACCAUGGUCAAAACACGGUCAGGGAAGAGGAGGAGCGGUCAGUCUGUUACCAGGGUUACCUCGAACGUAUGGGAGCAGGGCCUGUAAUCAUGUGACUAAAGCACAGUCUUCGAUUAGGGUCUGAAACCCUUUCAACAGCGAUAAACACUGAAAACAGAACCCAGAAUCAGAGAUCACAUGAUCGGUACCCAUGAUUCCCUGCUCCAGAGUGGACUGGGUCAGGUGGAGGGGGUUGUCUUCGAUGGCUGCUGUCUUGGGUCGAAACUCCGAGGAAGGAGAUGAAUCAUUUCAGGAAAACUAUGGCAGUGUUGAAACCACUGGAAGAAAAAAUAAUGAACUUUGUAAAUCUAAGGCUCAAAAAGGGUUUUUACACGAUGUUUCUUUCCUCUGCCCUUCACCACGUCCGGUUGUCGUGUGCUUCUGUUAUGAGUGUUUUUGGUUAUGAGGUCUGUCUCAGGCUGCCCCUUUGUGUGUGUUAGCACAUCAGCCUCAGCGUGUGCUGUAAGUGCUGACAGUAGCUCAUUUAGACCUCUCCUUGUGUCGCUCAUAUUCUCCCUGCAGGGGAGAGUGCGCUCUAGAGAAAGCUCCAGUCCCAGGUUGAUGUGUCCCUUUUAUUUAUUAGUGUACUUAUUUAUUUGCUUACAGACUGUCACUGUAGCACUUUUUUUGAGGGGGGGUGAGUUGGGGGUGGGCUGGGAUAUGACAGAUACUGUCUUUGGUGAAGUGAUAAGAUGCAGAGGACGUCGCAAAGCAUCGUAAUGUCAGUUUCCAGCAUAUCUCCGGGAGGAAAACCCUUUUGUUUAAUUUAUUGAUUUCCUGUGCCGUUCCGUUAUGUUCUGUCACGUUUUUAUUGCGUUUGGUAUCGUGAGAUGGAAGUGCUGUAGAUACCCCGCUCCUGUGCUCGCUGCGAGCAGUGAUGUGUUCAGAGGUGUGCGCCGGCUCGUGGAGGUGGAGACCAGUGUGAAAUACAGUGAAGUGUGGAUGGCGUGUUUGUGCACUGAAACCCGGUGGGGAAGCCCUGGCCCGAGCAUUGAGGCUACCCCACCGUGGAGGUGAAAAUACUAAUGACUUGUGACAGCUGGAUGGGAGGGGCCUGUGUGCAGGGGUGGGGCUGGGGAGGGGACCUCUAUCAUGGGGGGGGGGGCGUCGCUCUACAUUUCCUCUGAAUGUUUUUAUUGUGGUGAAUCAGUUUUAGUGUACUGUAAGUUUUGUGUGCCACGAAAUGGAUCCUUGAUUGACGAGCACUCCUCACAGGGGAUAUCGCUGUUGAGAGAUGAGGCUUGUGCUGCGGUCCUGAACACAAAACACCAGACAGCGAAAAGACCUGAAGCAUUUCAGGGCUUCAUUUGGGAAAGAUACGGUUUUGAAUGACACACUUU